ACGGGCCACACCUCCUCCAACCAGGCGGCCAAUCCCAGCCGGCUCUCGCCCAGUUCUCAGGGAGAGGGGCAAAGUCUGGAGGCUGCUGGAAGAGCUUGAUUUUUGAACCCAGGGGCAGCUACUGGAGGAAAAGACCAAGAUGAAUGUUGAGCCUAAAAGAAAGUUUGGCGUGGUGGUGGUUGGCGUUGGCAGAGCUGGCUCCGUGCGGAUGAGGGACUUGCGGAAUCCACAUGCUUCCUCAGCAUUCCUGAACCUGACUGGCUUCGUGUCCAGACGAGAGCUCAAGUAUAUUGAUGAAGUACAGCAGAUUUCUUUGGAAGAUGCUCUUUCCAGCCAAGAGGUUGAAGUUGCUUAUAUUUGCAGUGAAAGCACGAGCCAUGAGGACUACAUCAGGCAGUUCCUUAAUGCAGGCAAGCAUGUCCUUGUGGAAUACCCCAUGACUCUGUCUCGAGCAGCAGCUCAGGACUUGUGGGAGCUGGCGGAACAGAAAGGGAAGGUCUUGCAUGAAGAACACGUGGAACUUUUGAUGGAAGAGUUUACAUUCCUGAAAAAAGAAGUGAUGGGUAAAGACCUGCUGAAAGGAUCUCUUCUCUUCACAGUGUCAUCUCGCCUGACCUGGCUGGUUUCUCUCUUUGGGGAGCUUUCUCUUGUGUCUGCCACUUUGGAAGAGCGAAAGGAAGAUCAGUAUAUGAAAAUGACUGUUUGCUUGGAGACUGAGAACAAACGUCCACUGACAUGGAUUGAAGAGAAGGGGCCUGGUCUAAAACGAAACAGAUAUUUAAGCUUCCAUUUCAAAUCUGGGUCCCUGGAGAAUAUACCAAAUGUAGGAAUCAAUAAGAAUAUUUUCUUGAAAGAUCAAAAUAUAUUUGUCCAGAAACUCUUGGGCCAGUUCUCUGAAAAGGAACUAGCUGCUGAAAAGAAACGCAUCUUGCACUGCCUGUGGCUUGCAGAAGAAAUCCAGAAAUGCUGCCGCUAAAAGAAGAGCAGAAAGCAACAGGGCACUUCCAAGACAGAACCAUAGUUUGAUUUUUAUCAAGAGUUGACCUUUGUCUCUAUUCAUGCAAUUAAACAUGUCUUGGGUAAUCAUGAUUUGCUUAUUGUCACAGGAUGUGUUGGGAGUGAUUUGGGAGUAGGGGCACUUGGGGUAGGGAUGAGGAAGGAACUCAGCUUGCUUAAGCUGAGCUAAAUGCUUCGUAUGCAUGAUUCAGUUUACUUUUCCAGCAGACUUAUUAGGAGGAUAUUACCAGGCUUGUUUUCAUUAGUAUAUUGGAAAUUCUUAUUUGAAAUCACUCAGGUGGUAAAUAGCAAAACCAGUUUCUAAAUUCCACUCACGUGUUGAACCACUACAAAAUAGUGACUUUAACACUCUUCCCUGCUUUAAGGAAUUUUAUUUUCCCUCACAAACUUUUACUGGGUGACUAUGCUAGGUACUGGGAAUUCUAAAAUUGAGUGAGAUAUAGCCAUCGCCCUCAAUAACUCACUGUGUCAU